AUUUUAUGGGUUUACAUAAAUCUAAAGUAAUCAAAAAAAUUAAAAUGGACAUGCAAUCAUAGGCACUCAAAAAAGCACCAACUACUUAAUUAAAAGUUUCUAUUAAAAAAGCUGAAAAAAAAUCAGAUGCACUGAAAAGUACUAAUUCUUAAUUUAGAAAACAUCAAUUCAUCACAGAAAAGAAGGUUUAAUUAGAUUAAACAAAAAUAUCAACAGUUAUUGAUUCACUUAAUAAAUACUAUCACUCGAAGAAUGAUGGUGAUCGUAAAAUUUAUUUAGUUGUUGAAUUACAAAAAAUACCAGAAUUAAUUGAAACAUCAAUUAUUUAAAUGUAAUCUAUAAUUCUAAUUAGUCCACUAAAAGAAGCUAUACAUUCUAAAAUUGGAUUUGUUGUUCAUGGAGACUAUCUUGAAGAAUUCUAAAAAAAAUAUCCUCAAUAUAAUGUUAUGAGUUAAAAUGUCUAUUUAACUGGGAAAUCAUUUCCAAAUCUUGAUUUAAUUCUAAUAGAUUAUACACUGUAUAAUAAGAUUAUUGAUAAGAAACCUAGCAAGUAAUAUAUAAAGAAUUAGAUUUUAGAAAAAUAUUUCCAUUUCAUCCAUCUAAAGUACCUUUCGAUUAUAAGAAACAUUAUAAUAUUCAAGAAUACUCAGAAUAUAUUAAUCAUUUAAUUGGAAGUACUUUCAGUGUGAUGAGAAAUGAAUUGAAAUAAAUAAUUCCUGUAGGGAAAGUAGGUCAAAGUGGAACAAUUGAUAAUGUUGUGAAGGGAGCAAUUGAUUUUAUUGCUAAAUUACUUACUUAGAGUAAAGGAAAUGGCAUAGAACAUUUAUAUUUAAAAACAAGUAAAUCAAUUGAGUUAUUAAUAUAUUGAAUGUUUGAAU